AUGAGACUUCAAGCACAACUGGUAGAUAUUGUUCAAACGGCCAGCAAUGAAAAUCUCACAACUUUAGUUACUGCUAUAACCGCUGCUGAUCUUGUAACAGCACUCAAAGGUACUGGCCCAUUCACCGUAUUUGCUCCUAAUGAUGCAGCCUUCAACAAACUACCAGACGGAGUUGUUGCUGACUUAGUUAAACCGGAAAACAAAGCAACAUUAAGCAAAAUCUUGCAAUAUCAUGUCACUCCUAACCUUAUCACAACAGGAGCUAUCAGUAGAAUGGUUUUACCAGCAAACGUUUCUAUGCUAGCAGGUGGCUCGAUUAUAGUGAGCAAAGAUGGAAACACUGUCAAGGUGAACAAUGCAGCUGUCAUCGUUGCUGAUGUUUUCAACAGUAAUGGUAUGAUUCAUGCUAUUGAUUCAGUAAUUCUACCAGCACUUGAUAUUGUUGAAACAGCUGUUACAAACGGGAUAUUCAAGACUUUAGUCACAGCUAUUCGAGCCGCUGGACUUGAAGCAACACUCAAAGGUACAGGUCCAUUUACAGUCUUUGCUCCUACCGAUGCAGCUUUCAAUAAGCUACCGAAUGGAACGGUCGCCGAUUUACUCAAGCCAGAAAAUAAAGAAAAAUUGACCAAUAUACUUAAAUAUCAUGUUAUCGGUAAACGAGUGUCAUCGGCUGAUAUCAACGCAAUGAAAUUACCAGAAAAAGUGGAAAUGUUAGGUGGUGGUACAGUUACAGUAACAAAAGAUGGUAAUUCUAUCAAGGUCAACGAUGCCUUGAUUACGAAAGUAGAUGUUACAAAUACGAACGGUUUAAUACACGUAAUUGAUACUGUUCUAAUGCCUGUAGUCAGUUCCGCCAUGUCAUUUUAUCUCAACCAAGGUUUUUUUACAAUAUUUUUGUCUGGAAUGUUGCUUUCAUACCGCUUAUAUGUCUAA